AUGACAAGUAGCUUUGAUAUUUUGACCAUGGACAUGAAGGAUUUGGUCAAGAAGAUCCAAGAGCUCAGUCAUCUGGGUAUCGAGGAUAACAAAAUCACCCUCCCAAAGAUUUGUGUUGUCGGUGACCAGAGUACUGGUAAAAGCUCUCUGAUUGAAGGCAUCUCUGAGAUCAAGGUCCCGCGAAGUGCAGGCACUUGCACACGAUGCCCAAUGGAGAUCAACCUCUCCGAGAGCGAGCCAGGCGAUUCCUGGAAUUGUGUCGUCUAUUUGUCUCGUCGAUACUGGUUCGACCCCAGCAAGCAGCUGCGGAAUCUCCCCAAGAAGGCUGAGCCUCUUGGCCCCUGGAGACCCAGCGGAGGUCAGGACGAGGAGGUGUUCAUUACCUUAACCGACAAGUCAAAGGUUCAGGACGCCAUCAAAUGGGCCCAGAUUGCGGUUCUAAACCCAUUGAGAGAUGCACAGGAUUAUGUUCCUGGCAGAAACCAGGGCGCUGAUGAGACAACCUCGGCGAAGUUCUCGCCAAAUGUUGUUCGCUUGGACAUCUCUGCGCCUGGGUUUCCGGCACUAUCUUUCUAUGAUCUGCCCGGGGUAAUCAGUCAAACGGAGCAUGAUGACGAGAAAUACCUCGUUGGUCUUGUUGAGAAUUUGGUCAAGCAAUAUGUCUCUCAGGAGAACUGCAUUGUCAUUCUGACUUUGACUAUGACGGACGACGCGACCAACUCUAGUGCCGCUAGACUGAUUCGCGAUAUCAAGUCUGCCAAAGAGCGCACCCUGGGCGUGUUGACAAAGCCCGAUCGAAUCUCUCAAAUGGAAUCCUUCGACCAAUGGAAGGAAAUACUGGAAGGACAGAAGUUCCAGCUGGGUCAUGGAUACUUUGUUGUGCGCAACAACCAAGAUCCGACAGUGGAACACGCACAGGCAAGAGAGGAAGAAGAGGCCUUCUUCUCUGACCCAUUCUGGAUCGUUUCAAAAUACCAGAACCGUUUCGGCGUUCGACGGCUCCAGACGGCCCUCUCAACAAUACUUAUGAAUCAAAUUCAGAAGUCUCUGCCAUCAAUCAUCGACAAAAUUAACGAGAAGGCUGAUCGCAUAGAUCGAGAGCUGGCUACCUUGCCGGAUCCUCCUAGCGAAAACUUCCAAAGGAUCCUUACUGAGAAGGUCACCACACUUGGUUUGAGAUUCCGCGGCAUUUUUGAUGGAGGCUUGGGCCACGGCUCGGGUAACAUGCUCCAGAAGUUUUGGAAUCAUCUUGCCAUGGAUUUCCAAAAGGCUUUGGCAAUCACCAGGCCAACGUUGAUUACAACCGCCAUCUCUGAUUACGAGAUGCAUACGGAACGCCUUAACUCUGAUUCCGAUAUGCUCGUUAUACCUUCUCCACCUCGCUUUAAGCGAAAGGCUCCAGGAGCAGAUGCUGAAACUCCGGAUUCUCAACUGUUGCCUACCAGCAAGGUCUAUUUUAUGGAAGUUUUCAAUAAAUGGAUGGGACCGGGGCGCAAAUUUACCCUGGAAGAAAUCCGGGGCAUCAAGGAAGAAUCGCACCGUGCUGGAAUACCCAAUCACAUUGACCCCAGUGCAAUUGAAAUGCUCAAUCGCCAGAGCGUAACCCAUUGGGAUUCCCUGACCAGCACAUUCGUCAUGACUGCACAUGGCCUGGUAGCGAAGGUUCUGAUGAUGAACCUUGAUGAGGUGAUCGCUCAGUAUCGCCAGACAGGUCUGUACCGAGAGCUCAGGAACAUCAUAAAUGACUUUCUCCUUCAAUUACGCACGGACUACCUUGCCUAUUCCAUGGCUCAUUAUCGAAUUGAGCAGGAAGUGCCGUUCACGAUGGCCCAGGCCCAGCACAAGAAGGCCCAAGAGAACCAUCACCAACUCUUGGUGACUGGGCGCAGCCGCUCCCGAGCCAAGGCAUACCUACGGCGUGGGGGACAUGAUCCGAACGAUGAAGGGAACAUCGUGAAGGUCAUAAAGGAUCACCUGAGUCCCGAUGCCUAUUCUCAGGAAGUCGAGAUGAUGGCGAGUUCGCGCGGCUAUUAUGAGAUUGCAAGCUCGAGAUUCCUGGACCUGAUGUGUCAAUCUGCCCACGCGAAGCUUUUCUGCAAGUGUCGGGAUGAACUGAUUCACGUUAUCAACAUCAAAUUAGACGCAAAUUCGGCGGAACGUUGCAUGGAGUUAAUGGCCGAGGAUCCGGAACGCCAGCUACGGCGCAGUACCCUGACUAGAGACCGUGCAAAGCUGAGGAAGGCCCAGGAAUGGAUCGAUUCGAUCUAUCACCAGGAGGAAGUUGAGGAGGCUACAAUGGCCGUUUCAGAUAGCCCUCUGGCAGAUAGUUUCCCGCCUGUUGAGGAGUGGGAUGGAGACUAUGUUUGA